AUGAAUGUUCAGAUUGGCAACUUACAACAAAAAGAGUAUAGCGUAGCAAAAGGUGCAGCAUUUUGUUUAUGUUGUUAUCUUUUCAAACCCGAUAUUAGAGAUCAAGCUGGUGGUGAUUCUUUUGUUGGUGGGCGUUUCUCAAAUUCAAAGAAAAAAGAAAAAAUUCAGACUCAUGUUGGAGGUCUCAAUAGAGCUCAUAAUCCGAGUAAAUGUCAAGACUUACAAGGACUUGCGUUUCGUGGGCAUGAUGAAUUUGAAAAUUCAAGUAACCAAGGAAAUUUUCUUGUACUUCCCAAGUUUCUUACUGAUCAUAAUGAAGAUGUCAAAGUGGUUGCAUUGAGCAAUGCUCUACAAAAUCUCAAGUUGACAUCUCUUGAAAUUCAAAAAGACAUUGUAAAUGUAGCCGCAUUUCAAACUAUCAAUGUGAUUAUUAGAGAUCUUGGUGAUGCACUUUUUUCUAUUUUGAUUGAUGAAACCCGUGACAUAUCAAUGAAGGAGCAAAUGGUAGUUGUAAUACGAUAUGUUGACAAAAAAGGCCAAGUUAUUAAGCACUUUUUUGGAUUGCGGGGUCAAGGAUAUGAUAGGGCUAGUAAUAUGCAAGGUGAGUUCAAUGGUCUUAAAACACUUAUACUGAAAGAGAAUCCUUGUGCAUAUUAUGUUCAUUGUUUUGCUCAUCAAUUGCAAUUGGCACUUAUAGCCGUGCCAAAGAAUCAUAAUCAAAUUGCUUUACUUUUCACUUUGGUUUCUAAUGUGAUGAAUGUUGUUGGAGCAUCAUGUAAACGCCGAGAUAUUGUUAGGGAGAAGCAAGCUACAAAAGUUGUUGAGGCACUUAAUAUUGGAGAGCAUCUAGUGGGCAAGGCUUAA